AUGAUCCGAAGGCAAACGAACGACAAGAACCCCAAUUUCCACCAACGUUCAAAUUUAUGGCGCAAAUGCACUACCUUCAGAAAAUUGAGACAAAUCCAUGCGUCCAUGAUCAUCAAUGGCUUCAACACCAAUCGAUUUAACCUCAGAGAACUUAUUUAUGUCUCUGCAUUGGUUAUACCUUCCGGCAUUAGUUAUGCACACCAAGUGUUCGAUAAAAUUACCCAACCAGACCUUUUCAUGUGGAACACCAUGCUUAGAGGCUCAGCUCAAAGCCCCAAUCCAGCUAAGGCCGUUUUUCUUUAUACCCAGAUGGAAAAAAGGGGAAUUCAGCCUGAUCGUUAUACUUUUCCGUUUGUGCUCAAGGCCUGCACUAAGCUUUCUUGGGCUAAUGUUGGUUUUUCUGUUCAUGGAAAGAUUAUGAAAAAUGGGUUUGAAGAGAAUACUUUUGCGAAGAAUACCCUUAUCUAUUUUCAUGCUAAUGCUGGAGAUAUAGAGAUUGCGAGUUCCUUAUUUGAUUCUUCAGUUACAACCCAAGUUGUGGCGUGGUCAGCUUUGACUGCUGGGUAUGCGAGGAGAGGGAACUUGGUGAUGGCAAGGAAGGUGUUCGAUGAAAUGCCUGAGAAAGAUUUGAUUUCUUGGAAUGUGAUGAUUACAGGGUAUGCAAAGAGAGGAGAGAUGGAAAGUGCCAGACUUUUGUUCGGUCAGGUGCCAAAACGCGAUAUUGUGACAUGGAAUGCGAUGAUUGCAGGCUAUGUGAACUGUGGAUUACACAAGCAGGCGUUGGAGAUGUUCGAAGAGAUGAAACCCUUGGGAGAAAAACCCGAUGAGGUGACAAUGUUGAGUCUCGUAUCAGCCUGCACAGAUUCCGGCGACUUAGAUGUUGGCGAAAAGAUACAUCAAUCCGUUUUGGAUUUGGGUGGAGGAGAAUUGAGCAUUUUACUCGGUAACGCGCUUAUAGAUAUGUACGCAAAAUGUGGAAACAUCGAUAAAUCACUCAAAAUCUUCCACAGUAUGAAGGAAAAAGUCGUAACAACCUGGAACUCCAUAAUUGGAGGUUUAGCGUUCCAUGGUCACUCAGAGGACGCCAUUCGUAUCUUCAAAGAAAUGCGUAGAAUGAAAAUAAAACCAAAUGAUAUCAGUUUUGUUGGGGUGUUAGUUGCUUGCAGCCAUGCCGGGAGAGUUGAAGAGGGUCGAGAAUAUUUCAAUCUCAUGAAACACCAGUAUAAUAUUGAGCCAAACAUAAGGCAUUACGGAUGUAUGGUGGAUCUUUUUGGCCGUGCGGGAUUGUUAAAUGAAGCAUUUGAAUUUGUGGACAAAAUGGAGAUCGAGCCAAAUUCCAUCAUUUGGAGGACUUUGCUUGGAUCGUGUAGGGUUCAUAACAAUGUUGAGUUGGGUAGACGUGCAAAUGAGGAAUUACUGAAAUUAAGACGGGGUGAAAGUGGCGAUUAUGUGCUACUUUCAAACAUAUAUGCUUCACAAGGCGAGUGGGAUGGUGCCGAGAGGUUGAGGAAGGUGAUGGAUGAUCAAGGAGUGCGGAAAGAGGCUGCAAGUAGCUUAGUUGACGCCGAUGAUGAUGAUCAAGAAACGCUCAUGCGGUUCUUGUUCGACUCGAAACCUCAAACGACGAUCAACAAGAAGUGCGAUUCGAUACAUUAAAGUGA